GCGACGUGCAGAGGUCUUCACGAAGUCGGCGGAAGAGCGCGACCAUGCCGUUCAAAAAGUUUGCCCAGAUUGGGCGCGUCAUUUACAUCAAUGAAGGGCAGUACAAGGGCAAGCUUGCCGUCAUUGUCGACAUUAUUGACACCAACAGGGCCCUCAUUGAUGGACCUUGCCAUGGAGUCCCACGGCAGCAGUUCAAGUUCUGUGAGAUGAGGCUGACAACCUAUGUGUUGAAAAUUUGCCGUGGUAUGAGGACCAAGUUGAUCAGGUCAGCCUGGGAAGCAGCCAAGAUCAGUGAGAAAUUUGAAGCCUCUACCUGGAACAAGAACAUCAAGAAGGGAUUGCUCCGUGCCAGUAUGACAGACUUCGAUAGGUUCAAGCUUGGCCGUGCAAAGCAAGCAAGGAACAAGAUUGUCAAGUCUGCCUAUCUGCGUUUGAAGAAGAACAUCCUGGUUGCCAAGCGACCAACAGUAAAGGCAGCCAGGAAAAUCAGGGGACAGAAAUUGGCCAAGAAGAAGGAACUCAAGGAGAAGAAGCCCAAGACCUGGAAGCCAAGGAAGACCAGAGGCCCCAGGGCAGCCAGAAACAAGGACGGCAAGCCUGCAAAGACAGUCAAGGCUGCAAAGUAGAUUUUUGACUGAAUAAAGAGAGAAAAAGU